AUGUCAAUUACCUGCUAUUAUCAGAACGUUAGAGGUCUAAACUCAAAAACAGCUACUUUUAGGUUAAAUGUCUUAAACUGUAAUUAUGAUAUUAUAAUUUUAUCUGAAACCUGGCUUAACGCUAGUGUCUACAACUCUGAGAUCUUCGAUGACAGAUACAAUGUUUAUCGGCGGGAUCGUUCCUCUUCAACACACUCAAAACAUAAAACAACUGGAGGCGGCGUCCUGAUAGCUGUAUUAAAAACCUUACCAUCACAGAGACUAAACAGUUUUGAAAGUGACUGCGAAGAUCUUUGGGUCUCAAUAAAAACUUCUAGAGGCAGUAAAUCUAUAAAUCUGAACAUUUGUGCUAUCUACAUUUCACCCCCUGUAAAACGAACUAUAUUAGAAACCUUUAUAGACAAAGCAACUGAAUCCUUGGAACAAAUUAUGUUGCAAAAUUGUAAUUCUACUUUCAUUGUAGGCGACUUCAAUCUUGGUGGUAUCAAGUGGUUUUCAGAAUCUAACAAACAUAAGGUGACUAAUAAAGGAAACAACCUCUUUAAAACAUUUAUAGAUUUUACUCACCUUAAUGGACUCAACCAGCUUAAUAAUAUAAGUAAUGUUAAGGGCAAUAUCCUUGAUCUUGUUCUGACCACAGAGACUAACUUGAGUGCUGUCAAUGAAAGUCAAUUUCCACUCAGUAUCAUCGACUCCUAUCAUCCUCCUCUCAUCAUAGAUAUCCCCAUCCCUCUACUGCAUACACCUCCCAUAUUAUGCAAAAGCAAAACCGUCAAGCCAAACUUUCGCAAAUGUGACUACACACUUAUUGAAGCAGCUCUUGAUAAUAUUAAAUGGCUCGAUGAAUUCCAUGCAUGCCCUGACGUCAAUAAAAUGAUUAACCGCUUUUAUCAAAUACUAAAUAACAUUAUUUCCGAGUAUGUACCGAAAUCACAAAGACGUAGCGCCAGAUAUCCUGUUUGGUUCACGCCGGCUGCAAUACGAAUGAUAAAAGCCAAAUAUAAAUGCCAUAAAAAAAUUAAAACCUGGAAUAAUCCAAUUGAUAGGGUUGAAUUUCAAUACUUAAGGAAAGAUUGCUUUAAACUUCUAGCUGAAUGCCAUAGUAACUACCUAUCAUCUAUUGAAUAUAAAAUUGGCCAAAAUCCUAAAUAUUUCUGGACUUACCUGAAAAAUCUUCGCAAAAACCGUAGUAGUUACCCGCAGACUAUGUCUCUUGAAUCUACAGUAGCCACGAAUAAUCAAGAAAUCUGCGAUUUGUUUGCAAGUCACUUCUCGUCAGUCUAUCAGGGCGUAACAUGUUCUACCUCUACUAACUCUUCCGAACCCCAAACCUACGUUGGCAAUAUCUUCCUCUCGAAUGGUGACGUUGAGAAGAAACUAAAAAGACUUGACUGCACCAAGGGCGCAGGUCCCGACAAUAUCCCUGCAAUCUUCCUCUACGAUUUAAAAUUAGCUCGCGUUAUAAGGAACGAGAACGAUGCUGAUCUGCUACAGAGUGACCUUAAUGCUCUAUCAGUUUGGUGAAUCGUGACGACGACCCGCGUGACGCACGCGACUCCGGCAGCUGCGUACGCGCACUCCGCUGACCGGAAGUGGGAGGCCGACGCAGACCUGCCAAAGCACGGCCUUCGCUGUGACGACAUCGCCACGCAGCUGGUCAGGGGGCGCGUGGGCAGUCGAAUUGAUGUAGUUCUAGGCGGCGGCAGAAAGAACUUCUUCCCGAGAUCAGAAAAAGACUUCAACGGCCGUCUCGGGUACAGGCGGGACAAAAAGAAUUUAAUUAGGGAAUGGCUUCUUUCGAAGGAAUCUUUCGGAUACACUCCCAAAUACGUGUACAAUAGGAAAGAUUUACUAUCGCUGGAUGUGGAAAAAUACAACAGUGUUCUGGGGCUGUUCUCUUACGACCAUAUGCCGUACCACCUGGAGGCGGAGGAAGAAGAUCCAACUCUGAGUGAAAUGACUCAAAAGGCUAUUAAUAUUUUGUCAAGAAAUAACAGCGGUUACUUCCUCUUUAUUGAAGGUGGAAGAAUAGACACGGCUCACCAUGAAACAAAAGCUCGUAAAGCCCUGGACGAGACAGCGGAGCUAGCGAAGGCAGUGGAGGCAGCUCUUAGACUAGUCAACACAGAUGACACUCUAGUACUUGUGACGUCAGACCACAGUCAUACUAUGACUUACAGUGGGUACAGCGAGCGCGGCGCUGAUAUUUUGGGGCUUGGGACUAAGUUUAACGCUUCCGAUGAUAUGCCAUACACAACGCUUAGUUACGCCAACGGACCAGGAUAUAAGCCUCAUCAAGAUUUCAAGAGGCAUAAUGUUAUGUUGGACGAUUUAAACAAUUUGAACUACACCUUCCCAUCUUUGGUUCCAAUGAACCGGGAGACACAUGGUGGCGAAGAUGUGGCUGUCUUUGCAACUGGACCUUGGGCACAUCUCUUCAGUGGAAAUUAUGAACAAAACUUUAUACCACAUGCAAUCGCUUACGCGUCGUGUAUAGGAAACGGUCUCACUGUUUGUUCAAGAACGGUGUAA